AUGUCCCUUCCCGCCGUGCGACGGUUGACCCACACGUCUCCCCGCACUUUGGCCCGCAUCUCCGUCUCCAGAUUUCCCAUUUUCACUCCUUCAUCCGCCUCCGCCGUUGCCCCUCGUGUCGCUCGCGCUUCGCGUUUUUCUACCAUGGCUGCCCGUCAAUCCGCUGCUCCAUCGGUCCAGUCCGAUAAGUCCUACGAUCCCGAGAUCAAGGACAUGGCCUCCUACGUCCACGACUACAAUGUGGAUUCCGACCUGGCGUAUGACACUGCUCGUCUGGUUUUCCUGGACACCCUGGGCUGUGGUCUUGAAGCUCUGAAGUUCAAGGAGUGCUCCAAGCUGCUCGGCCCCGUCGUCGACGGCACGGUUGUCCCCAAUGGAACCCGUGUCCCCGGCACUCCCUACCAGCUGGAUCCCGUCAAUGGAGCCUUCAACAUCGGUGCCAUGAUCCGCUGGCUCGACUACAACGACUGCUGGCUCGCCGCUGAGUGGGGUCACCCCUCCGACAACCUCGGUGGUAUCCUGGCCGUCGCCGACUGGAUCUCCCGCACCAACCGUGCCGGCGGUAACCUGGGCAAUGGCAAGAUCCUCAAGAUUCGCGAUGUGCUCGAGGCUAUGAUCAAGGCUCACGAGAUCCAGGGUGUUCUGGCCCUGGAGAACUCCUACAACAAGGUCGGCCUGGACCACGUCGUCCUGGUCAAAGUUGCGACCACCGCUGUCGUCUCUAAGAUGAUGGGUCUCACCGAGAAGCAGACUGCCGAUGCCAUCACCCAGGCCUGGGUUGAUGGCCAGUCUCUGCGUACUUACCGUCACUCCCCCAACACCAUGUCCCGCAAGUCGUGGGCUGCCGGUGACGCCUGCCAGCGUGCUGUCAACCUGGUCCUCAAGGUCCAGAAGGGCGAGGGUGGUCUCCACACCGUCCUCUCUGCUCCCGGCUGGGGCUUCUACGAUGUCCUGUUCAAGGGCAACAAGUUCCAGUUCCAGCGCGACUAUGGCAGCUAUGUCAUGGAGAACGUUCUCUUCAAGGUUUCCUACCCUGCCGAGUUCCACUCCCAGACCGCCAUCGAAGCCGCCCAGAUCAUCAACAAGAAGCUCGCCGCGCUGGGUAAGAGCGCCAAGGACAUCAAGGAGAUCACCAACCGCACCCACGAGGCUUGCAUCCGCAUCAUCGACAAGCAGUUCAAGGCCAUGGACAACUUCGCCGACCGUGACCACUGCGUCCAGUACAUGGUCGCCACCAUGCUGGUCUUCAACCGCCUGACCGCCUCCGACUACGCCGAUGGCUCUGAGGCCGCCACCUCCCAGCUGCUGGAGGAUCUCCGCAAGAAGAUCAAGUGCGUCGAGGACCCCCAGUUUACCAAGGACUACCACGACCCCACCAAGCGCACCAUCCCCAACGCACUGACCGUCACUCUGAACGAUGGCACCGUCCUCGAGGAGGUUUCCGUCGAGGCGCCUCUCGGCCACCGUCUGCGUCGCGAGGAGGCUAAGCCUGAGAUUCUGGCUAAGUACAAGCGUCACCUACAGGCGCACUUUGACCAGGCUCGCAUCGACGAGCUGCUCCAGGUUGGCUGGGACCGCCCUGCACUGGAGAACUAUGAUGUCGACAAGUAUGUCGAUCUUUAUGUUAAGGAUAAGGUGGUGGCUUCUGCUUGA